AGAGGCUAGGAUACACUCACUACCUACGCGUAAUGCUGGUCGUCAAUUAUACCUGCACGCGUCCUAAACCGCAGCUAGGUAUAAAUUGUUGGAUUUCAACUCACUCAUUAAGAUACCACAGAUAAAAUAUCUUUUCUCAUGUCAUCCCAGCCUAGAGUAAGGCAGGCAAAGUAAAAUGGCUUUUGCCGCCAGGCUGAGUAGCUUGACGGACGAAGUAGUUGAACUUAUCACCUCUACAACCGCCGAGGUUGAUCGUCGACGCUUCGACGCAUUCAGGGAAUCCAGUUUGCGGCAGCUUCGUCAACACAGCUUUCUCCGGACCAACCACUUCGAAGUGUAUUCCGCUCUUGACGGAUAUGAAGAAAGGUUCCGCAUCCUUAAUCGUGAUCAGACAGCCGAUGCCCUAAGGGACCGAUUAGACGCUCUUGCGCGGUGCUCCAACAAAUGGGCUCCUGACUCACUGGAUUUACUGCUAAGACUGGCGGAUCAGCCUGUUCAAAAAUCAAACCUUCUUGACCUUGAACUACUAAAAGAACCCGAAGUCCACCCUGAACCCGCGCUGAAAUGGAGAGAUAUUGCCAAGGAAGACGGCUGGAAAGAAGACCACGAACUUUGGCGGAAUGUCAACUUUGGUGGUGAUAGCUCUGAUGAAGAGUACGAUCAUGAAUCUGAUGCAUCAGCCCAGUCGGAAGAUACUUCAUUAUCUAGCGGCGAGGCCCGUUAUCGUAAACAGCCUACAGAUUAUCUAGAGAGGCCGCAGGUCCAGUUUGAUAUCCAUGAGAUUCGCACAAGUCAAGCUUGGAGAACGGACACAUCACGUACAAACCCCGGUGCUUCGUCUCACAAGAUCGACAUAACACAAAUACAAUGUAUUCGAGAAAUACUCUUUAUGUUGAGUGGUCUUGAGAAUGGCUUAUUCGAUAGUCAAGGACAACCUUCACUUGGUAUACAACUUUCUCACUCCUCUUGGCAAAUCUUCAGAUCACUCCUAGUCCCUAUGAGUGACGCACGGCGGAGAUUGUCGCUCUUGCGCAAGUAUGCCAGGCAACAACAGCAGAUCCCCCUCUUACAGGCGUUUCAGGCCGCCAUUGAGAGCCGUCUAAGGGCCUUUGACAGUACGAUAGCCAGUAUGCAAGCAUAUUAUGUUAGUACCAACCAGGAUUUUGUUGCCAGCGUCCUCAAGCUUCUAGAUGACCUUAACCCUCAUAUACGUCCUUUGGAAUCACUUGCAGAAACAGUAGAAAGACUAGAGCAGGCCAGGAAUUCUUACCCAUUCCACUGUCUUGAAUUGCUGUAUGACUCCGCCCAGGAAUUGCAGCUCAAUGGGAAUGAUAAGGUUUAUCGCUUUAUUGGUCAACUCUUCUUCGAGUGUUUUGCGGUAUAUCUUCGACCAAUCCGUUGCUGGAUGGAAGAAGGCGAGCUUAUGAAUAGCGAUGAGACUUUCUUUAUUUGCCGUUCACUAGGCGAUGUCUCAAGGUCUCAAAUUUGGGCUGACCAGUUCAAGCUCAAAAGAACACUUGAAGGGUCAUUAUUUGCACCACGGUUUCUACAACCGGCAGCGUCCAAGAUAUUCACAACUGGGAAGAGUAUCGUGAUCCUCAAACUACUAGGAAAGUGUUGGCCAACACAACAAAGGACACUAGAAUCCGCUAUACAAGUAGACAUGAGCGCAAUAUCCAUUAUGAUGCCUUUUUCAGAAGCCUUCGAACAGAUGUUUGAAGAGUGGAUGCAAAGUAAACAUCAUGCAGCUUCCGCGACCCUUAGGCAGACAUUAUUCCAGACUUACAAUUUAUGGUCAGAUUUGACUAUACUCCAACAUAUUUACUUGAUGUCUGAUGGGUCUCGCUCUGAACACUUUGCUAAUGCUGUGUUCAAUAACAUUGACAUUCUUAAUGUUAAUUGGCACGACCGUUUCAAUCUUACCGAGAUUGCACGCGAAGCUUUUGAUCGCCUUGUCGAACCCCAUCGCCUCAAUGUUACUGCGCUACAAAAUAAUUCCAGCUUAGACGUCAAGAGCAUUCGGCGGACAGUUCGAGAAGGGCUCCCAUGCAUCUGUAUUACAUAUAGGCUUCCUUGGCUAUCGCGUAUUGUGUUGAGUGAUGAGAGUCUAGAGCAGUAUCAACGCGUUUUCACGUUACUUCUCCAACUGCGAAGAGCUAGCUACGUGCUGACCAGGCACCGUAUCCUCUCGGAAGGCAUCGUCUCUACCACGGUCGAACAAGAAACUUUCUAUAGUCUUCGUUCAAAGCUUCUCUGGUUCUGCAAUACUCUCCAAUCUUACCUCAGCACACUAGUGAUUGGCCCUCUCGUUGUUAAGCUUUCAGGAGAAAUGAAGAAGGCAGAGGGUAUUGACCAGAUGCUUACUUUACACUCCACAUUUACUAAGAGAAUUGUGGAUGAGGCUUGCCUCGGAGGGAAGCUUGAUCCUAUUCGCCAAGCUAUUCUAGACAUCUUUGACCUUGCAGUUAGGCUACGAAACGCUCAUCAAGUCGAGCAAGAGAAAGGACCUAAAGAAAACGAAUUGUCUAGGUCACUGAUUAUGUCAUCAUCAGAGAAGGGUAGUGCUAAAAGAUACGUCCAGGCCAGCGAGGAAGAAGAUGACACAUUCCUAAUCGAGCAAGAUACGAGCGGCAUGAUGCAAGGUGCAGAGAUCCCCUAUGGUCAGGUGCUGGGCGAAAUCCGGUCGGAUCUCGAUCGGCACAUAAAGUUUGUAUGUGGUGGCCUAAGGGGCGUUGCAAGAGCUAGUAGCAGCGACGCUGCGAGCAAAUGGGAUAUACUUGCAGAGAUGCUCGAGCCAGGAAUACGGGUGCUUCACUGAUAGAAGGCAAGUGUUCGUUUGUACUAGGUUGUUUCUUCACGAUUCGUGUUACCCAUGUCAUCGAGAUUGGAGCGUCCCUACACUACAUGUGUAUGAACACCGUGGCAACGAUCUAACUAUGAUAUGGCCACAUUAUGUCAUCUUCCUUUUCAGGCGAUGUCAUUCCUUGUCAGAUCUAGUUCUGUCCUCCUAAAACUGCAAUGCCGUAAUGGGGAUGCUAUGGGAAACUUAUGAUCCACUUGAUUAUAACCCUGCCGGUGCUUUAUCCCUUCGAUAGAUAUGUGAGAUAGUCAAGCUUAAGAACGUCAUCGUAGAGCUUAAGUGGCAGCGGUCGUGGGCAUAGGUCCCCGUUGCUUUCUUUGUACCGGUAGCUCACAUUGACGUAGAUUGUUGCCAUCGCCAAAGAUACAAAGUAGGGACGUACCUUGGUAUUGUCUUGGCAUGCAUCAUUAGUGGCG